CACAAAGGCGUAGAGAGAAAGAUGAAGUAAAGCUUUUACUCUUCAGGAACUUCAUAUUGAGUCGUUCUUCACUCUAUCACUCCUGGAGGAGAACAUGACUGGAUCCUGGAGACUAUUCCUGCUCUGUUGUCUCCUGCAAGGUGCGGUGAGCAACACUGUAGAUUACGAGGUCCGAAUGGCAGCAAAAGUGACGACACUCAGUGGAUCCUGUGUUACCGUUCCUUGUUCAUUCACCGUGAAGAAAACGUAUGAAGUCCAGCUAAAUUCUGGAUGUGAAGUCACAUGGUUAAAAGUUGAUAAACCUAUAACUUUUAAACCUAUAACUGCAGGGUUCGGAGGAAUCCUAACAGAGUACAACUGUACUACAACAUUCAAUAACGUACAUGAAGAGAUUUCAUAUAAGCUUAGAAUAGAAUGUUUAAAAGAAGAAGAAAAUAACCGAUUCAAAUACGAGUUUUCAGAACAGCCAGUGACCAUCGAGAUCAAGGGGCUCCCUGAUGCACCUCGUUUGACCCCCCCCAAGGAGCCGGUGGUGGAGGGGACUCCUGUGGAGCUGGGGUGCUCUGCCCCGUCCUACUGUGACACCCACCCCCCCACUGUGACGUGGACCCCCGCCCUGGGGCUCAGCACCCAGCUCCAGCAGAACGAUACCGUGACCUCCACUCUGACCUUCAACGCCUCCCACCUCCACCAUGGAAACAAUGUCUCCUGCACUGCGGCCUACUACAUACCAUCUGGGAACAAACCUGUGACGUCUACAAAAUACCAUCUCAGUAUCUCAUAUGCCCCCAGGAACACCUCUGCUGUCGGCAGCCCGUGUCUUCCAGCCGGAGAGGGAGGCUGCCUCAACCUGACCUGCACCAGUCAUGCUAACCCUGCUGUCAGCGAGGUCACCUGGUACCGAAUACACGGAAAACACAUCCUUAAGAUCGGGACUGGAUCUUCUCUGUCCGUCCAGCUGUGGAACGCCAAUUACGUUUUCUUAUGUGAGGCCAGGAAUGGCAUUGGCACGGAAAAGUCUGAUGUCUACAAGGUCGACAUUAAAAAUGCCCCCAGGAACCCCUCUGCUGUCGGCAGCCGAUGUCUUCCAGCCAGAGAGGGAGGCUGCCUCAACCUGACCUGCUCCAGUCAUGCUAACCCUGCUGUCAGCGAGGUCACCUGGUACCGAAUGCACGGAGAACACAUCCCUAAGAUCGGGAAUGGAUCUUCUCUGUCCAUCCAGCUGUGGAACGCCAAUGACGUUUUCUUCUGUGAGGUCCGGAAUGACUUUGGCACAGAAAAGUCUAAUGUCUACAAGGUCGACAUUCAAACUCCUCCCAGGAUCCUGCCCUCUUCAGGCUGCAGCAGAAUUGCAGCCUGGGUGCGAUGUUCCUGCUACAGCGUGGGCAGACCAUCACCGUCUCUGGAGUGGUGGUUGGAUGGGAAACUGGUGUUUGGUUCUGAAGACGUGUCUGUUAGCCAGGUCAACCUGGAGAACGCCACGUUGAGGAGCUCCCUCACAAUGAGGGCCCCUGCUGGUCUGACAGCCUUGACCUGCCACAGCUCCAACGCUGCCGGGAACACCAGCCAGGAGCUUCCUGUCCCCCACCUGGAGACACAGCCAACCCUGACAGACCAACUGCCCUGGAUAGCUGCUACUGCAGUGCUAGCCGCGGGUCUGCUGUUUGCAGCAGUGUGUGCCGUAAGAGCUUGGAAAAUGGCCAACCGAACAAGACUUGGCAGUGAUGGCCUACUCAGCAAAGCUCCACCCAACCAAGGGAACUCCCAGGUGUUCUUCAGAAGUGGGGAGGACAUCUAUGCUAACAUUGAUACACUGAUGAACACGGUCGGACCGAGACAGGAUCCUGUUGGAGCAGGAGAAGAGGCUGCUGGACUGGGAGAAGAGGCUGCUGGACUGGGAGAAGAGGCUGUUGGACUGGGAGAAGGGGCUGUUGGACUGGGAGAAGGGGCUGUUGGACUGGGAGAAGGGGCUGUUGGACUGGGAGAAGGGGCUGUUGGACUGGGAGAAGGGGCUGUUGGACUGGGAGAAGGGGCUGUUGGACUGGGAGAAGGGGCCGACUGUGAUGUGGUGUACACAACAGUGAAAUGGAAGAAGAAGUCCUAGAAAAAAGAGGUCUGAGCUCCUGGGGCAGAGACCCUCUGGGGCCCAGGGCCCCGGAGGCCCCUACACUUCCUCUGGGGUGGAUGAGGGAUGAGCUAAGGGCCGGAGGGAUGAGUUAAGGGCUACAUUGAUGGGUAAAGGCUAGAGGGAUGAGUUAAGGGCUACAUUGAUGAGUAAAGGCUAGAGGGAUGAG